AUUUUUAUUUUUUUUUGAAACUCACUCUAAACAUUUUUGUUCAAUAUUUGAGACCAAUACCCAGAAAAAAAAAGCUAGUCAAGUUUGUGAGUCUUGAAAUUAAUGUCCGAUCUCCGUUAAAUUGAGUUGGAUGCUCGAUUGCCAAUUAUUGAUAUUUUAUUUUCGAAUUCAAACGCAAAAUGUUGGAGUAUCCAUGGGGAACGCGGUUGAUUCCGACGUCGUAUCUGCUAUUACCUCAGUGGCCCAAACCUCAUAACGAUGAAGCUCUCCUUGCCAUGGAGGAAUCUGCUUUCGAAGAUAAGUGUAACGAAAUCAGGAAGAUGAAUAGCAACAUUGUUGUGAUUGGAAAGACGACAGUUGAUAAUGAUAAAGAAGACUUGGACAAUGACCCAGAUGAUGAUGAUGCUGAUAAUGUAGAAGAGUCUGAGGGUGAGGAGUUUGAACAGGAAACUGGUUGAUUGCCUUUUGGUACUUGGUUCUUUUCUGGUGAUGCUGAAUAGAGUCAGACAAGAUGUACGCGUGAAUGACUGAAUCUGUUCUAUAUCUGCAGUUAUAAUUUUCGAUUGGCUGUCUCAUUCUGCUUUACAUAAAGAUACUACACUGUAUGGAAUUACUAAAAUGUUUUCUCUGUGAUAAUCAGAGAGCUCUGUUCAAUAUAUUUUGGUGCAAAAGUUGACAUA